GAGACUUGGGGGCGGUGAGGAGUGGGCCCCGCUCGCGGCCAUUGGUUGUGCGGCCGGUAGGGGCGGAGGGACGACGCGCGGGCUGUGCAGAGCAGGCGGCCACGGUCCACUCCCGCUGCGCCCGCUGUCCGCCGUGCGCCCAGACUGCGCGCCGCGCCGCUGCGCCCGACAUUUCCGAGGACGGCUUCGCGGGCGCGGAUCGUCCAGACGGGAGCACAGCCCCACCGCGAGCGCAGGAGACCGGCCGGGAAGUCGCGUGUCCUGACUUGCAGUCUCAAUGCACACCUGAUCCCCUGCUGCCUUUGAGAAGUAAGUUUUGUUGUGCUGAUUUAACAGCCUGUGAACUCUGCAAACACGAUCGUGAAAAAAUGCCAAUCUGUCCUGUGUAAGCCCUGUGUGAAGUUUUGACUUUAAUCUACCAGAUCACUGCUUCACCCUCCAUAACGAUGUCUGAACCUGACGCUUCCUCGGGAUUUUCGGCAAGUGUGGAGAAUGGAACUUUUCUUGAGCUGUUUCCCACAUCCUUGUCCACGUCAGUGGACCCAGCCUCAGGCCACCUGUCAAACGUCUACAUCUAUGUGUCCAUAUUCCUCAGCCUUUUAGCAUUUCUGCUUCUGCUUUUAAUCAUUGCCCUCCAGAGGCUCAAAAAUAUCAUCUCCUCCAGUUCCUCCUACCCAGAGUAUCCAAGCGACGCUGGAAGUUCUUUCACCAAUUUGGAAGUCUGCAGCAUUUCCUCACAGAGGUCCACUUUUUCAAACCUUUCAUCCUGA